CGCCCGGGCGAGCAAACUGUGUGUGUGUGUGUGUGUGUGCGCGCGCGUGCGUGCGUGCGUGCGUGCGUGUGUGUGUACGUAUGUAACUGAACGUAACACACGGCUUCCAAAUUUUCAACAUUUGUAUGAAUUUCUCAAUAUAACACGAUUCCUUGCUUUUUUUUAAGGAAAAACAUGAAAUAUAUGAACAAAUAUUUUAUUGAUGAAUUGGUGUGACAGAAAUAUUUUUCGCAAGCACGCACGCACGGGCGUAAUUAAUGUAUCUUUUUUGUGAAUAACUUUUUAACAAAUAAUGAACGCUAGUUAAAACCUUUUGAAUGUUACUCAAAGUAGUAGCAGACACCUUCCUAGCCUAUAAAUUCGAUGUUUUUAUAUAUACGGUGUCCAAAAAUUACAUCUAUUUUAUGCAACUUCUUUUGUUAAUAACUUUUUAACGAACAACGACCGAUGGCUAAAACUUCUUGAAUGUCACUCAGAAGGGUGUCCUUUGUAAUAUAUAUCAAGGUAGAAAUCAUCGGAGGUGGGUCCCUAAACCCCACUAUUACCGUUGACGCUAUAUAAAUCGAUAUAUUCGUAUAAAUCGAUCGAUUUGCUUGCAUUGUUUAAAUAUUAGAUCUUUUUUUUAUUAAUUUUUCCAUUCUCUCUCUAUAAAUAUGAUUUACACACUUACAUCGUCAUUAUUGAUGAAAAAAAAUUCACAUCGAGAUGACUACAAGGGAAUCGAUUGAAUUAAACAAAGUGUAUACGAAUUGAAGUGGUUCAAUAAUCGAGUUGGCGUUGAAACGCGCGAUCGGUAAUUUUAUUGCGUCCGAUGACAUCGCGGCAAGAAAACGAAUGGUUAGCCGGUUGGAGGAAAGUAUCUGUGGAAAUAUCUGAUGAAAAAUGUGAACGUAUCCGCGCGAUAUACUGGCGAAUUUACGAAAACCACAGCUUCGCAUUCGAUCGCAAUUUCGAUACAAGUUGAGUCACUUAGUGUCGCCGCUUCUACUGACGCGAAAGGCAAACGCGAGAAGACAGCAGGAUGAAGAGACAGAGCGCAUAAAUAACAGCGCGCGUCGCGACAGUUGCCGCAAAGUCGAUCGCAAGCGAUCCGAAGCGCUAUUGAAACUCCUCUCCAAACUUAAAAUACGCAAAUCACUUAAAAGUCAAACUCAGCCCGAUGCUUGCAAGUCCGCAAUUUUCACGUGAGUGCUAGUAAAUGGAACUUUAACUUUUCUCAUUCUAUCUACGAAUUUACAAAAUAUUUUAAUUAGUAAUAGUUUUUAGAUAUUAUUGUACCUCGCAUUUUCAAUGCUAAAUAUGUCGCAAUAAGCGUUCGGUAUGCUGUAAUAUUGUUGGAUAUUAAUUUAUUAUACUUAUCACUGUAACCAAACUUUUAUUAGGACGAAGUCGAAAUAUAUAAACAAAGAAUGAUCCAGUGACAGGGAUAAUUGAUUUUAGAUAUAACGUCAGUCAUGCUAGAGACACGAUGAACCCAUUAUCACAACGCAGCACACGCGAAAAUACAAUCAGCGGGAAGCCAGCCGACUCAACGGCCAUCGCAAAGAGUAAACCUGAAGCAAAGGCAAAACCCACGGUCGUGUCUUACGAUUACGAGGCGGCUAUUAGUCAGCCUGAUAUUCCCACGUGUUCGGAAAUUGAUAACGAUACGCGAGAGACAUGUCUAGACGUAUCGCCAGCACUGAACGAGAGGACCAGUUUUCUUUCUACUUGUGGCAAGAUAAGCGUGACGAUUAAAAAAAGAGGAAUUGGGAUCAGAUCGAAAGUGCGACCGAAGAAAAUAACAAAGGCUCGCGCACAAAUUCGUGAUGUCAUUGAAGUUAAGAGAGAACCGAAAUUUUGUACGAAUAUUUGUCCAGAUGUUAUUACAAAUCAAGAUGCGUCGCCUAUUAAUCACCAAGUUUGUCCUAAAAAUGUUCAGUUACACUUAUUGGUUUCUCACAAAUUGUAAAAAAAACUCACAAACUUGCAUUAUUUAGAAGGAAUUGACAAAGACGGGAGACAUUCGAAAACAAUCAGAAACCGCGGUAGAUAAAAACAGACUUGAGAGCAAAGCUACAUGUAGAGAAACGGUAAAUUUACGCAAGGAUGGAAAUCCUGACGAAACCAUCGGAAAUGCGAGAUUAUAUGAUUCGCGAAACAAGGCCAGCAAAAUUCCGCGCAUGAAGCCUAACUUCUUUUUGCCCAUAGAUGAGGAAUCCCGUAUUUAUCCGGUAUAAUUACGCACACACACACACAUAUAUAUAUAUAUAUAUAUAUAUAUAUAUAUAUAUAUAUAUAUGUAUGAUCAGAACAUUGAUAUAAAAAACGUUAAUUAAUUCUUAUCAUAUUAAUUCUGAUCAUGUACAGAGUAUAAAAUCGCCAGUGAAAAGUCGAUUAAAAGGCACUUCAGAUAUGAAAUCGCCCGCAUAUAACGAGGAGGAAAAAUGGUCACACCAAGUAUACGUGUGCAACGAAUCGAAUAAUAUCUCAAAAAAGGAGAUUUUGGAUCGUCAUCAAGAGUCGAGAGCCGUAAAUAUCGCGCGAGUUGUUCGCGGAAAUUCAACGAAUCUCUUUCUCGAAUCUUUUGAGAAAAGCUCAGAAGCUGACAUUGACUUCGAAGAACUCGAGGCAGAUCUGCCGAUGCUGACAAACGAAUCGCCAAUUAUCAUAAGCGCUGACGAUGUUCCGCGUUCCGCGAGCAUGAAAAGCUUCCCGUUAAAAUGCGAGUGUCAUUCACGGGGCGAUCACAAAUACACGUCCGCCAUUCGGAAAGGUCGAUACACCGAAACGGAUUAUAGCAGUUCGUCGGAGAUGGAAAGCACCGGAAGAAAAUCGAUGGGAGACAGUGAAUUCACCGACAUGAGCUCCGAAGACACGGAUCUGCUGUCGGAUUACGCCGUCAGCUACAAUCGCGCAAAAACGAACGGCAGGAAUAAGGAAGCGUCGAGGCACACGUGUCGCGUUAUGAAAUCGUCACUUCUAACAAAUAAUUCCGCAAGAAUGAGAACGAGUUUCUCUUUUUUCAAUGUCUUUUUCGAUAUCGUUUUCUGGCCGUUCAUCCUCCUCCGAACGAAACAAUAAUCACGACAUUGUUAACGACGAUAGAAAUACAUACCAGAUCCAAAGCGUAGAAGCGUGGCGAUUUGAAAUCCGAGUAUCCACAACGUGAUGUCGCUCCUCUUGUCCUGACGGCUCGUCGUCCCACAGGAUAUUCACUUUCCACGAGCCUUCACCUGACGUCUUCUCACAUGCACAUACAAAGUUUAUUUUUCACGACAAUAGUUUGCACAUAUUUUCUUUCAAUGAAAUGUAAAGGCCGACUUGAAUUUCGAAUUUGGGGCAACAAUGUCUUCGACACUCCCGAUUAUCCGAAAUAUUCAUUUUCAUCACGGCUGCUCAACAUCUUACUACACAAACGCGCGAAACUUUUGGCGAUAAUCGCGCGCGACAUUUAAUCUUGAUAAGUUCCCUUCGAGUCCGAGCGUCCGUACUGUCAUCUGUCGGUAGACUGACGCGUUCUAUUGCAACGAUUGCGAUUCUCGAAAUGUCGAGCGCGCCAUACUUCACCCCGUACCCCCGAUCGCGGGAUAUUUCCUAUCCAUGAUUUGCAGUAUUUUACCACGACGAAUAUGCGACAGUUACUUUUGGCACUCCCGACAGUCACUCACGCAUGAGACUACUUAGGCAAAUCGAAAAUAUACGAUAUAGCUCAAAUUCCAAAUAGCUAUAACCCUACGAUCGCGCGAUGCUUAACACGACACUCCCGACCGCGAGACGUUCAUUUUCGACGAUCGCUUGCCACGGUAUUUUGCCAAAUCCAACGAGCCAAACUUAUUCUCAGCACUCUCGGCUAUAAUUUACGCGCGAGACUCGACUCCGGCGAGCCGAAACCGCGAAAAAUACGGGACGACUUGUCGAGCACGUAAUGUCCUCUGCGCGUCGUUCCUUGACUAAUUGAGCAUAGCGGCAAUUGAGUUUCUAUGGCCGGUAUUCAUAGUCAGAUCUUAUAUUUAAGACCGUCUUAAAUUCACCUUCAGAUAUUCCAUAGCCAAUGAAAUAAUCCGUACAGCAUCUGAAGAUGAACUUAAGAUGAUCUUAAAUAUAAGAACCGACUAUGAAUACCAGUCUAUAAUCACCGACGCGCUUACGCGAUGUAA